AUGCUGUUCACGGUCAUUCGACAUGGCGCUCGUCGCCAGGCGCUCAAUGCCACUCGUCACUUCAGCUCAUCAACAAACAAGCUCGCUGCUGCCGAGGUAAAGAAGCUGGGUGUCAUUGGCGCAGGACAGAUGGGCCUUGGCAUUGCUCUAGUAGCUGCUCAAAAAGCAGAGGUUCCUGUCGUUUUGAUUGACAAUUCAGAGGCUGGUUUACAGAAGGGCCUUAAAUUCGCUGAUAAGCUCCUUGAAAAAGACGUCUCCAAAGAACGCAUCACCCGCGAAACUGCAGACCUAGUCCUCAGCCGACUCAUCCCCAGCACCAAACUGGACGACCUCUCCGACGUCGACUUCGUAAUUGAAGCCGUCCCCGAAAUCCCCGACCUCAAGACCUCCAUCUUCUCCCAACUCGCGCAAAUAGCACCAAAACACGCCAUCCUCGCUACAAACACAUCCUCGAUACCCAUCACCAAAAUCGCCGCAGCUACAACCAAAGAUGCCACAGACCUCCAGGCUCCGUCCCGUGUCGUAUCUACGCAUUUCAUGAAUCCCGUCCCCGUUCAGAAGGGUGUUGAGAUCAUCUCCGGACUGCAGACUUCCCCCGAAACUCUCGAGACGGCACUCGAGUUCGUCAAGCGCAUGGGCAAAAUCCCCGCCGUCUCUGCCGAUACGCCUGGUUUCCUCGCCAAUCGCAUUCUCAUGCCAUAUAUCAACGAAGCAAUUAUCUGCCUCGAAACUGGCGUAGGCCGCAAAGAGGAUAUUGAUAGUAUCAUGAAGUACGGCACAAAUGUGCCUAUGGGUCCAUUGACGUUGGCUGAUUUCAUUGGUCUUGACACUUGUCUUGCUAUUAUGAAUGUUCUUCAUACUGAGACUGGAGAUAGCAAGUAUCGACCGUCAGUGCUGUUGAAGAAGAUGGUUGAUGCGGGAUGGUUGGGUAAGAAGAGCGGCAAGGGGUUUUAUGACUAUUGA